GCGACAAAAUUAUGUAGUUGAUCUGUUAGUUGCGGACAUAAUCGCGGAAGUAAACGACGACGCAACGAGAUCAUCCAGAGUUGGGGACUGGUGUUUUCAUUUUUCAUCCCCGUUUUCUCGAAACGUUGGCGCAUCCCAUCGACCCGUUUCCCGUACGCUCCCGGCACGCUACAUUCAACGUUCCAUUCGAUCCCGUGAAAAAUCUGCUCAAUUAUGUCAAGCAAUCCAGAAUCAAUGCAAGUAUGUUCAUUGCCUUUACCGCCUGUGCAAUAUUUCCAAAAUUAUUCAGAUGAUAACUUACGGCGAGGACGAGCUCCUAAACCACCACCAAUAAUUCAAGAAACAUAUACAAUGUUUGGAAAUCCUUACAAUGCUGAUGAUAGUAUAAUAAGACCAUUAGAAAGUCAGGGUUUCAGACGACUCUAUCCUCAACACUUUGAUAGGCGGCGUGAAUUACGGAAACUUAAUCAUUCAUUAUUGGUUAACUUUCUUGACCUACUCGAUUUAUUAAUUCAAUGUCCUGACUCUCCUCGUAGGGCUGAAAAAGUUGACGACAUAAGUUUACUGUUUAUUCACAUACAUCAUUUGUUAAAUGAAUUUCGACCUCACCAAGCACGAGAAACCGUUCGUGUUAUGUUAGAUUUACAGAGAAGACAAAGGAAUGAAACUACAAUAAGACUGCAGAAACACAUAGAUAAAGUAAGUGAUAUAUUGCAACAGACAUUAGAAAAUUUACCGGACUCAGAGCUUGACACUAAACUGUUGGUGGAUACAUCUAAAAUUGAUCAGCUGGAAAAAAAACAUUCUGAUGAACCCAUAGUCGACAAAUGUAUUCCUAAGGAUAAAUUGAUGUGCCACCUUAUUGAUACAAUGAAUACCAAUUAAAAAUUUAAAGUAUUAUUUAUCUUUUUGUUAUUAUAUUUUUAUAAGUAAAUUUUUAAUAUUAUUGACCUACCAUGUUUUCUGCAAUUUUUUUUUUAAUUUGUCAUUAAUAUUAAGACUAUAAUCAUGCUUACCAAAAUGUAAAUAUAUUUAAUGAUUAAUUGUACUUUUCACUCAUGAUAAUAAUUGGUUGCAAUUUAAUUACAGAAUAACUUUAUUAUAAUCAACUAUUAUUUAUCUUUGUUUUUUAGAGUUAAUUAUUAAAUAAUAAUUGUAGAUUUAUUUCUUAUAGAUUAAUAAUUAUGGUGAAUAAAUGUUUCAGUACAUAUGUUUGCAAUUA